UCAUCGAUGGAUAAUUCAAUUCAUCAUCAAAUCCAUUAAAUAAUAAAACAAUAACUUUCAUAGUAAUAAAUAAAUCAGAAUUUUCCGAAAUAUGGUCAAAUUUCAUCAUCAUCAUCGACAUCUACAAUCAUCAUUGCCAAAAAUGACUUUAUUGCCCAAAUUAACAGUUGCCACAAUCAUAAAACGAUUAUUGUUCAAUAAUCAUAAAAACAAUGAUAAUUAUUCAAUAAAACAUUGUUCAACAUUGCCAAAAAUGAUAAUCAUUUUGAUUUUGAUCAUUUCGAUAACAUUCAUCACAAAUGUUCAAGCAAAUUCAUCAUCCAAUAAUGAACCAAUCGCACAAUCGGAAUCAAUUUCAAAAUCAACAUUUCAAUUGCGGCCAAAAGAUGGCGUACAAAAUGGUGAGGGUAAGUCUUAUCCGGCGACGAUAAACAGCAGUACAACAACGGCUAAAGAUAUUCGAAAACUAUUAGAAGAUUAUGUUCAAUAUCUGGCAAAUUUACCGGAUAUUCGUAAAGAAAUCCGUGAGAAAAAUAGUCAUUCUAAUAGUAAGAAAUCUCAGCAGGAUAUUAUUUCAACAGCUGAAACAAGUGAUGAAAAAGCUAUCCAUCCUCGGCUGACAGCCUAUCAAACAUUUGUACCGAUAACUAACCAUCCAAGUUCUCAGGGAGAAUAUGUUUAUCACCACGAUUUGAAUGAAGAUGAUGAUGAUGACGAUAUGAAUGAUGAACGACGACAACGAUUACGAAAUAAUUUUGGCGAAUCAAAUGUUGUAGCAAAACAACAAUCAUCAUCAACAAAACCGCAACGACAAUCGAAUACAGAUCAGAAUUCAAUCAUAAUUCCUACUAAUAGAUAUGCUGACAAAUCUAGUGUAACACUUGGUUUGAAUGAUGAAGAGCUAAGUUCAUUUAUUAAAACUGUAUUAGGAACUGUUAAAACGAAAAAUGAACCAACAACAACAACCACAGAAUUACCAUUAGCGUUGAUCGAUGAACAAGAUGAUGAACAAAUGAUGUCCAAUAUGACUAACAUCAAUGAUGGAACUUAUAAUAAUGAUCUUGCCAUCGAAGAAUUGAUGGCCUAUGUUGACCCUGAAGAUGACGAUAAUGAUGAUGAUGAUGAUAAUAAUAACAACAAUAAUGAUGAUGACAAUGGAAAAAUCGCAAAUAACUUGAUAGAACAUCAACAGAAUAGUUCUAUGAAUGAAACUUUCUUAGAAACAAGUACUAUACAACCAUUAAUGAUGGAAACAACGACAUUCGAUCCAUUAUUAUCCGAAAUGAUUGUUACAAAUGAAACAAAUAAUAUUUCCGGUGAAAAAUCCGUCUUCAAUUUGAAUAAUGUUGUGGUUGAUGAUGAUGAUUUGUCGACAACUACGAUGAAAUCGAUAAUCGAGAAUCGAAUCAAUUUGACAAAAAUUACGGAUGAAUUUUAUCAUAAAGAAAAUAAGGCUAAUGAUUCAAAUCAACAACAACCACAUAUGUCGGAAAUAAAUCAGAAUGAUUUAUUGGAACAGCUAAAACGAACACGAGAAUUAUUAAGUAUUCAGAUUGAAAAAUUGAAAACAUUAGAACAAACUGUGUUUCAGCGACGCAAAACUACAGCAGAAACUGCAACAACAAUAACAGCAACAACUGUACCAAUGAUUACAACAGAAUCACCAUUGGAUAUGACGACCGAAUCAAAUUUGAAUCAUCUUAAUGAACAUCAAGAUAAUCAAAUUGAUCAACCGUCAAUUGGUGGAACCUAUAUUUUUGAUAAAAAUUUACUAAAUAAUGAAACAUCUCAUGAAAUGCUAACGACAAGUGCGCCAGAAUAUUCAUCAUCAUCAUUGAGAAACAUUGAAAUGACUUCAUUGAAUAUUGAUAAGAACAUCACGGCUAAGGCUGUUGCAACCACUAUUCAGCCAAAUGAUGAUAAUGGAUCCUAUUAUGAAACAACAACAGCAAUUCAAAUACCAACUUAUAAACAUAAUAAUAAUAAUAAAGAGAAAAGUUUUCGAUUCAAUUUGAUAAAAGAAAAUGGCAAUAAUAAUAAUAAUAAUGAUGAGAUAAUUUAUUCGAAAAAUUCUCCACAUUCAUCCAAAUCGAUUCAACCAAAUGAUGAUAUUAUUGAAAAGAAUAAUAUUAAUAGAAACAACGUUAAAAUUGUCAAGUCAUCAAAUAAAGAUCAAAAUAAAAUAAGGAUAAAUGUAAAUCCAGCAGUUUCUAUUUUCAAAAAUAAUCAAGCUAAACAAACAGAAUCGGAUUCAAUAAUCAAAUUGAAUGAUAGUAAUUAUGACAGAUCAAUAUUAUCAUUGAAAACGACAGCUAAACCAUUAUUAAUGCCAAUCAUUCAACAAAAUAAUCGAUUAACAUCGUCGAUUGGUAAUGAUGUAUCGAAAAUCGUAAUACCAAUAAUUAAUUCAUCAAUGAUUGAACCAUUAAAAUCACCAUCUUCAUUGUUUGCAAUGGAUGAACCAAAUUCAGUUCUUAUCUUAUCACAUAGUAAUGGGGGUGAAGAAGAAUCUACCAAUAAUAAUAACAACAAUAAUGUUAAUAUUAAGAAUAAUGAAUCCAAUAUUGAAACAAUGAUAUUAACUCAUGUGCCUAAAAUAACUAUUAUUCAUAAAAUUAUGAAACCAAUUCGUACAAUUAAUGGUAACAAAAACAAUAACGUAAUAAAAAUCGAUAGACAAAAUAUAAAAGAUCAAUCAAUCGAUAAUAUCGAUAAUCAAAAUAAUAAUAAUAAGAAUCGAGAUUAUUUAUUUGAAUCGGAUGAAAAUAUCUAUCAGGAAGCAUUACGUCGUCAUCAAGAUCUAAUACGAUCAACAAUGUCAUCAAUGUCAUUAUAUCCGGCAUCAAUAAAACGUUAUCGUAUAAAAAAUGGACCGGGAAACAAUAGUCGAAUCAAUAGUGUGGGUGAAAUUUAUUUAUUACCAAAUUUUUCUACAACAAAUAAAUCACAACAAAAACAACAACAGCAAACAAAUUUUACUACAUCUUUUGUUAAUAAAAAUAAUCAAUCAAAAUUGAUAGAUGUACCAAUAUCGUUAGCUAAUGAUUCAUUGUUGUUAUCGAAACAAAUUCAUACAAUCAAUAAUGAUUAUUCUAAUACGCAUUAUAGUUUAGUAUCGGAAUCAAAGGAAACAUCUGUUGGAUCAUCAAAAACAAUGAACAAUUCAAAUAAUAACAAUGAAAAAAUUAUUGAUACAAACAAGAAUUUUUAA